AUGAGCCUCCAAGUUACAACCAAAUCUGGUGGUCUUCAUAUCUCACAACUGAAAUAUGCCCACGACCUACUACAGCGUCAUGACAUGCUCCACUGCAAACCUGCCAACACUCCAUUGGCUGCCAAAGUCCCUUUGUCUGCUUCCGACGGUGUGCCCCUGGAGUCUCCUUCUGCCUACCGUGAGAUUGUUGGCAGUCUUCAAUACUUGACAUUAACUCGCCCGGACUUAUCCUUCGCGGUCCACUCCGUUGCUCAGUUCAUGGCUGCCCCUCGCACCUCUCACCUUGUCGCUGCCAAACGGAUCUUACGGUAUGUCAAAGGCACGCUCGACUUUGGUCUCUCUCUUAGCUUGCAACAGUCCACUGCCCGCCUCAGUGCCUACUCUGAUGCAGAUUGGGCGAGCUGUCCAAUUCGCGUUGCUCUACCAAUGGCUACCUCAUCUAUUUAG